AAUCUUUAUAAACUUAGCCACCAUUGAAUUAGAAAGAAAGAAAAAAACAUGAAGGUAUAAUCGUUUUAUUGUAGCAAUGAAGUAUCACACCAUUCAUAUAUUCAACAUUGCCUUUGUUCGAGAAGUGUAUAUCGGAGCAAGACAUUGUAUUUUAUUAAUUAACUGAAUUCCAUCAAUACCUUUAAUUAGAUGUCUUGGAAAUGAUGUUAGAAAAAAUAAAAGCAAAUCACACAUAAGAGGCCUAUGAUGCUAAUAAGCAAUUCCUCUCCUUUGAAAGGCAUGUUAUCUGAAAAGCUGCUUCAUAGAUCUUAUCCAUUUGUCUGAAAACAACUGUUCCCCAAACCAAAAACUCCCACCGAACCUCACUCCCUACCAAAAUGGAAGCUAAACGCGGCGCCGUGCAGACCCUAGUAUCAAACCUAAGCUCCGUUUCCGAACGAACCCGCAUUAACGCUCUUUGCGAGCUUCGGACAAUGUCAAUGAAAGACCCGGAAACCCGACCCGUAAUUUCCGAAGCAGGUACGAUUCCUUACCUCGUUGAAACUCUCUAUUCUUCUUCACACCCAGCGCAACAAAACGCCGCAUCAACGCUUCGAAACCUUUCCCUAACAGAAAAAGAAACUAUCAUGUCCACGCGCGGUAUCCUCGACGCGCUUGCGCACGUUAUCUCUCAUCAUUCUUCUACCUCCUCCGCCGCUGCCGUUCAAGCCUCCGCCGCUACUAUCCAUCAUCUUCUUUCCAGAGUUGAUGAUUACCGUACUGUUGUCGGAUCCAAACGCGAGAUCGUUUACGCUUUAAUCGAUAUCCUCCGUUGCCAUCAUUCCUCGCCGCCGCGCACAGUAAAAAACGCGUUGAAAGCGCUUUGCGCAAUCGCGCUUCAUCCGUUAAACUGCGCCUUCAUGGUUCAGUUCGGUGUCGUUUCCGAUCUUUUCUCUCUCGUCGUCAAUGACCGUAGGGUAGGGAUAUUAGAAGACGCAACUUCCGUCAUUGCGCAGGUUGCCUGCUGCGAUGAAAGUCUUGAGGCCUUCCCUAAGGUCUCCGGCAUUAAGUUACUCACCGAUCUACUCCAUUUUCCUAACGACUUUAGCAUAAGGACAAUGGAAAAUGCUGUGUGCGCGCUGCUCAAUCUUGUCCGAUGUGGCGGAGAUGCGAUGGCUGGCAAUGUUAGAAACUAUUUUUUAAAUAAGUAUGAUGGAAUAGUCUAUGUUAUAGAUGAUGGUAGCUCAAAGAUGAAGAAAAUGGCUACGGAGCUGUUGCAGGUGUUGCUUGAUGAAUUUGGCUUCUCUAAAAUGCCACAUUGCAACUAUUCAUGAAAUUGUUAUGCAAUUUUUGUAACUUAUUGUCUGACGUUGUAACUUUAUCCAUUUUCUUUGAAGGUUUUGAUAUGUGUUUUAAUA